AUGUGGGAAAAACUGUUCUAUGUUUCACAACUGUUCGAAAAACAAUCAAUAGAUUCAAUGUCGAUCGGUUCGAAUCGUUGUGCAGUUGAGGGAAUUCAGCCUGCCAUAGCUCGCACAGGUUACAGCCCAUUGUAUUCAUAUGCGUCAGUGAAAUUGGACGUUUCAGAACUGUUCGAAAAACAAUCAAUAGAUUCAAUGUCGAUCGGUUCGAAUCGUUGUGCAGUUGAGGGAAUUCAGCCUGCCAUAGCUCGCACAGGUUACAGCCCAUUGUAUUCAUAUGCGUCAGUGAAAUUGGACGGUGGGUGGAGAAGGAUCCAAGCAGCAAACUCCAAGAAACACAACUGCUUCGAUUUAUCUAAACCAUUGGUGGAUUAUUUCUAUUAUUUGAGCCUUGUGAAAUUUUACGAUGAAGCAUCUUCCGAGGAAACCAUACCAGGAGCAUUUCCAUUCCAACCUAAUCUCGAAGAUGACAGUCCUCCUAGGAACCAAACGGGAUUGACUUUUUGGCUUGCUUCACUCUCAUUAUACACGAAAGUAGUAUGCACAGCAAAUGAGGCUCGUAGUCAGAAUACCCAGUACAAAAUACAAACGACCAGUAUGCGGCGAAUGUUAUUUAGCGCUGAGCGAUUCGUGAACUUCGUCUGGCUUCCCCAAGAGGCAAAUUAUUCGGCGAAGCUGAUCGAUGUGGUUCCGGCCUGGGAAAAGUGGUUUUCGAGUACGUAG